UGAGACUGUUGCCACACUUUACAACAAUUAGACCGCAGUAAGUAACAUUACUGUAGUGAAUGGUUCUUCCACUGUGUUGUUGUCCUGCGUCAUUAUGUUGCAAUUUUUGUAUAUUAUGUGGGUCACGUAAGUUAAAGCGACUGAGACGGUGGAAAAACUAUGUACCUGAGUAUCAGUAAAACAGCAAUAAACGAAGCAAACAGCGGCGGAUCCAUGCUAACGUUAGCUGGCUGCUCCUGCCUUGGGAAAGGAUGAACAAAUCGCUCCAGAGUUGCUUAGUACUGUAAACAUCGUUUCUUACACUCUAAAAUCAUCACUUUGACAUAAUACCGGUGAUACACAGGAUAGAAGUAUGGAUCAAGUUAGCUGGUGAACUAAUGUGGAAAGCUAUACAACUGCAGUAUUUCGCACCGGAUAACGUUAGCAACUGCUCGGCAUUAGCCGGCAAGCUAAUGUUAUUUAAUUUGAGCGAACUUAACACAUGCUUUGCAGUAAUGUGAAGUUUAGAUGUUCAAUAGGAUGAAAUCCAACUCUGUGUCUGUUUCAAAACAAAGUGGCGAUUUCUCCGUGACUACAGCCUUUCUGAUGCAUACCGUGUUUUCACUCGAGGUCGAUCUGAUUCUCGUUUGGCCUGAAGGGCUUCAGCAAAUAAAACUUUGUUGUUUGUUUUUAUCCUUACUGGAUUUUGUGUCUGCUAGAAUGUAUUAAUAAACUCUGUUAUUGUAUGUUAGUUAAGCACUCUUUCCUGGCUUGUAAAAGUGUAACAAAUGAAAUGUCACUUGACUUUCACUUCCUUUUUUGGCUAACAGAGCUUUAAGUUGAGGUUUAUAAAUAUCUAGGAUACAUGUUGCAGAAGCGUCUGAAGGCCAUCACAGAAGGUGUGAAACCAAAUCACAUUCCAGGCUACGGAUGUUAACCAGGAAUGUUUUCUUAUCCUUUUCGGGCUGUGGUGAUAACAGCUUUCUAUCCUAUUCACUUCAUAUAUGUACUCUGUUACCCUGGACAGUGGUGAAAAACAGUCUGCCAGGGGCUGAUGGAUGAAAGAGAAUACAAAGAAGAGAAACAGCAGAACAAGAUUUAAUGGACACUGCUGCCUCCUCAUCCUCAGCAUGACCAGCGACCUCCCUUCAGGAAAAGACAAAUAUACAACUGCUGUUUGUGGGUGUCUUGACUGAAAGGAUAAAGAAGAAGAAAGAAGAAGCUCCUCUAGUUUAUGGUGGAGGCUGCACCUUGUUAAUGCUUAUGCAGGUGAUUAUGAUAAGCAGAGGAACAGGCUUGAAGUUAACGGGAGAGGGAAGCUGUAUUUUAUUUGCAUUUCCUUUGUCAAUGGAUACAUGACUGGAUUGUUCAUCCCUAAAAGUUACUCCUCCAUUUCUGGUCUGGUUUGAUUGAUGGUUUGAUCCAUCACAUGCUGUGUUUUCUACUGAUCUAUUUUUUUCAUCAACGCUCAAUUGCAUUUCCACUGCAAGUUUCUUUCACAAAAAAGGUCAGUAAAAACUCUCAAUUCACUUGAUAUUAUGCAUGUAGCUGUCAUCAAUCUAAUCCUCAUCCUACCCUCAGCUUUUGUGGCACCCACAACCGCCCACUGCUUUAAUAAUGGUCCUCCUUCACUACAGGGUAGCUGUACCUUGAUGGGACUGGAUCUGGCCUGCAAAUGGGACCGAGUCUGCAGAUUUCACAUAUGAUGGACAUCUCUGCUCUGGUCUCUGAGGAGCAGCUCAUCUAUGCCAUCACCAUCCCGCUGUCGACCUCCAUCAUCCUGGCCAAUCUCGUCAUCAUCUUUGGCAUCACCUGGAACCGCCAGCUCCAAAACACGCCCAACUACUUCUUCCUAAGCCUGCUAGUGGCAGAUUUGUGCACGGGCGUGGCGCUGCCUUUCAUCCCAUUAAUGGGUCUGAACCGGGAGUUAAGUUUUUGCUCCUGCCUGGUGGCUCACGUUUUCCCAAACUUCCUCUUCCUGGCGUUCCUUUUCAACCUGGUAAUGGUACACUAUGAGCGCUACAUUUGCAUCGUCGACCCCCUGCAUUACAAUAACUUGUGGAUGCAUCGCAGUUUUCCUCUAGCGUUGCUUGUGGUGUGGGCGCCGCCACUCCUGUUCGCAGCUCUACCUGCCUUUGGUUGGAAUAACUGGACAGGAGCAGAUUGGAACGACUGUUGUGCAAGUAGCCAAAAUAAAACGGCACUUUCCAGCUGUUCAACAAACGGAACCACCUGCUGCUCGUACAGGCGAGUAUUUCCCAACGCGUUUAUCUACUUGGAGGUGUAUGGAGUCGUCUUACCUGCUAUUCUUACCAUUGCCGGCAUGACUGGCCAUGUUUUAUGGAUCACCCGAGGCCAGCUGAAGGACAUUUGUCGUCUCCACCGUUCAGUAGAGCGGGGAGCUCAAGCCUCAGACUGUGAGCAGAGGAUGAACCUGCGGUACACUCGCUGCGUGGUGGCAGUGUCUCUGACGUUCCUCGCAUGCUGGGUUCCCUACCUCAUUUACAUGCACGUCUGCAUAGUGUUCUUGAUCACAGACACCAAGUGGAGCUCCACCACUCACAUCGUGCUGUCGUGCACCGGUAUCGGAAGCAUGGCAGUGGUGCCGCUGGUGCUUGGCCUAGCUAACAGGCAGUAUACAGAACCUGCACUUAAACUUCUCCAGAAACUCCGAGACAGAUGGAGGCGAAGGACGCAGGGAUCAGAGGAGGUGGCAGUCUGAGGAAAUACUGAUGAAUAUCAAUAUUUAUGAAGAUAAUUGUUGAUGAACUGCACAGCCACAGUAAUUGGAUCAAGGCCACAAGGAUAAAAUAUUGCAUUACAGCAGAAAAACACAUUUGCAUUGAUUCUUUCACAAUUUAUUUAUCAAUGUUCCCAAAAAAAGCAUCCUAUUGUUUGAAAUAUUA